AUGAAUACAGCCAUCAGUCGGUUGUAAACAUUAAAAUUGCUAAGUUUUGGUCUCGUUAUACCCUAGGGGAACACAACUAUGGACAGAAGCGGAAAGGAUUUUAAACUUCUCAGCACAUUCUUCCUUCUGAGUCUCGCCCUUUCGAACAAAGUAUCUGCCUCAUCAGGUAUGUAUUGGUUUUCACUUUUCAGUUUUCUUUUCUCAUAAAGAGACUUAGGAUGCGAUCCGAUAAUUUUGUGGCUCAGAGUUGUGAUUUAUCAGCAUUCAAAGAUUUAAAUUGCUCUUCGAAAAUUUCUGUCUAUUCACUUAUGCUUCAAUUCACUGCCUGACUGGGCGCUAAAGGAACAAAAAUCGAUCGUUUUGCAAUUAUAAAAGCGCUUUCGGGUAAACUAACGCCAAAACAAAGCAGAGGGUUCUCAAAUUUGCGAUGACUCGAGCCCGGAAAUGUUUAUCAGGUAUGUAUUACCAACUUACUCUUUUCAAUCGGUUGAAUAAUAAUUUGCUUGAAGAGCAUAAGUUUCAACUGGACCCCUUGUUCUAUAAUAAUCUCUAAGAGCAGAACACAUUUGUAUUACAUCAAAAUGACAGAUAUAAAACUCUCUGAGCGAAUUUCCGAGCAUGGGCACAUCAAAAGAUCGCGGAAUUUUCGAAGCGUUGAGAGCAUUGCAAUUUAGAGUUCGGAUGUUUAGUAAACGGGAAAAAAAAGGAAUUCUUGUAGUCGCUUGUCUUUCCAUAACAAACAUGAAAUACUCAAAAGAAGUUUGAAAAUAUCUUAAUAGAAAUUCUGAAAAAUGUCUCAUUGCUAGGCAGUUAAUCGCACAUAACGUCAUCAAAUAUAGAGACGUAGACAGUUUUUAUCGCAGAUUACAUUUUUACAAUGUGUAGCCUUAACUUAGCAAAUCUUGUUCAUAUUUUAAUGCAAUACAUUUGUAAUCAGAUAGAUGUAGGUAUGGUAAAAUUCUGAAUUCUUUAAAGCCGUGAAAGUUAAAUAACCACCGUAUUUCUGCACAAAAAGUUUUUAAAACACCGACACAGCUCAGUGCUUUUUAUCCAUGCAUAAUUAAUGUUAACACACGCUACCAGACACGUUACUGUCAUUUCGGAGGAAAUUGAUUUUCGACUGAACGUUAUUAAGGCCGAAUGGGUCCUUCCUAGUUUACACUAGUGUCCUUCCUCAGAGUGUUUUGUGAGGACGUCAUGGCAGCUAACUUGGUGUUCCUAAACUAUGUACAGUCGGCCAUGUUGGUGAUUCCAAUUAGUACUGCAGGAGUUUGGAGUCGCUUGUCUUGCCAGAACAAACAUCAAAUUCUGAAAAAAUGGCUGAUUGCCAGGCAGUUAAUUCCAUUCAACGUAAGCAAAUAUAGAGACGUAAACGGAUUCUAUCGCAGAUUACAUUUUUAUGCCCUAACUUAGCAAAUUUCGUGUAUAUUUUAAUGCAAAUACAUUCAUAAACAGAUAGAUGUAGACACGAGUAAAUUUGCAAGUAGCUCAGACAUGGACGACAAGGGUCAUUAAAUAUUGUACAAGGGUUCACUGAAAAAAAAAACAAAAAAAUAUAAAUUAACUGCUUCGCCGCUAUUAGUAAAGUUAACGACACGAAUAACUCUUGCUGUAGGUCAAACCGUCACUUAUUGCUAUCGAUUGGUCGAACAAAAUGACCCAAUGCAUGUGUGGUGUUAAAAAGGAAACAAUCAGCUGUCAAUCGACACAAUUGAGUGACAGCAAGCCAACGAUUGAUAGUGAUCACUCGGCGGUCGAUCAGUGUAUUAGCGACAAAAGUUUCCAUGGAUGCGUCGGUGUCUGUGUACUUUGUGGGGUGUCUUAAAUCACUCUACGGACCAGAUUAAAUGGAUAAAGCAGGCAUGGUUGUAUAAGAAGCGCUGUUUAUUUUAGGUGAAUGAUAAAGAAAGUAUUAUAGACAGGCUUUGAUUAAUGGAAAGGUAAGAGAGAAGAGUAAUUUUCAGUGUAAAUGGGGCAGUUGGAAUCUUGAAUCUCUAGUAAGGGUGUUUGUUAUUGUAGGGGAGAAGAGGACUUAUUCGAGAUUUGUACUUACCAAAUGUUUAAAAACUGUUAUUGAUUGGUACUGAUUAUCAUCGAUUUUCACCCCUAAAUGAUUUCCUAAAACUGAUUCAGAAGUCAAUUUUUUUCGCUAAUAUUUCCGUUUCACCAGAUCUUAGGCAUCCCUGCAACUCUCCGUGCCUUUUGAUCUCAACCCCAACACGCAUAUUGGCUGUAGACUACGGUAACCAGUCAAGUUUUGCAGUCAUUUCAAAUUUGUCAAAUGCCAAUGGUUAUUACGUUGACGUUCAUUACAAGCUGGGCUACUUAUUUUGGAGUGAUCGAGCACAACGUAAAAUCAAGCGCUCGAAUAUGGACGGUACAAAUAUUACAGUUAUCCACAAUGACACGGACUGUGUGGGACUAGCAGUGGAGUGGAACUCGAUGCGGUUGUAUUGGACGGAAAAUCCCAAAAAAACAAUAUCGGUAUCAGACUUGGAGGGAAACAACAGAAAUAUUGUCCUUUCUACAACAGACUACCCAAGAGGAAUUGCUGUUGACCCGCAGCAGGGGUAAGUGUCUUUAAAUUACUGUUUAUUUUGACGCCAUUGUCAGGGUAACCAGGUGCAUUAGACAUGCUCCUUAUACAUUCCCCAGUAGGGUGGUGACAGAACUGACAUGGAGAGUUAGUCUAACGAUCAAUAGCUUCUCUAGUUGUCAAUGUGUCCUUUAUUUUCAUGACCUUGAUGUGUGAUUCAGGGAUGAUAAUGUAAAGAGAAAUUAGAUCCUAAACAUUCAGGGAAUCUUAAGAGUAAAAAUUGACACCAUAAAAAGCAGGGACUGCAUCCUGCGCUCGACAUUGCCCCGUUAUAACACAUUGCAAACAGGAGAGCACAUGAACUCUGAGUACAACAGAUACAUAAUGCAAGCUCACACCAAUUAUUGACAAUGAUACAUCCUGUUACAUCCUGUUUUUCUUGCCACCAUACAACUGUUAUUUCAUUUAAUGUAUCUUGCUCAAUCGCGGUAGAAAGUGAGGAGUUUGGAAGUAAAACACUGAAAAUUUUUAUUGACUCUUAAUUGAUCCGUAAGAUAUUUACUUUACAGGUUAAUGUUUUGGGCAGCCAUGUCGAAAAUCGAAAAAUCAAAUUUGGACGGAACACAGCGUGAUAUUAUAGUAUCAUCAAAUCUCUCAAGUGCGCAUAGUAUCACUGUGGAUAGAAAACGAAAGCGUGUUUUUUGGGUGGACUAUAGAAAGGAUCAAAUAGAAUCUGUUGACUAUAGUGGCAGCAACAGAGUACUACUGAGUCGGAUACAAGGCGUAAUUAACUUGUUUGGAAUUGCUUUCACGUCCUCAUUUUUAUUCGUUGGUGAAUGGCAUAGAAAUACAGUUUUCAAAGUGAAUGCGUCCAAUGGAACAGUUGUCAGUAGUGUUCAAUUUGCUUCGUCCACCCCAUCCGGAUCUCGUGGAAUCUAUGGAUAUGACAGCACUUUGCAGCCACCAGGUUUGCAAACAAAUUCUACAAACUUACAUCAGUCUUGUUCACAAUGAGAUCUCCGAAAAAAAGUAUCAAAUUCUAUCCCUUUCCGGUGACAGGUCUGAAAGACACCUCGUGGAAGGUAGCGACUGAUGAAAUAACAUAUUUACUUCAAUCUCAUCUGCAAUUACCAGGCUUUUUGAAUCAAUUGUUGGGGUUUAAAGGGUGCGUGGACACGCAUCUCAUUAGUUUAAAAAAGUAUUGCCAUUUGAAUAGUUUGGUGUUUUUUCCUUCCUUGAGAACUGAGACGACGUACUUGCAAUCCCCCAUGUCUUUUGGUUUCCAGUUAUGAGCACAUAUUGGCUUUGGACUUCGGUAACAAGACGAGUUUUUCAGUCAUUUCCAAUUUGACCAGGGCUGCAGCUUUAGACUUUUCAUUACAACCAGAGCUUUUCGCUGCUUUUGAUUUGAAGUCUAUGGGUCUGUUAUCUGAAAUGAUCGUUUUCGUGCAAAAACAACAGUUCUAGAUAUUAUUGUUACGUUUUCUUUUCUUUUUCUUUGGAGUAGCAACGUGUCCGGCGUUACCAGCACCGACGGAUGGAGCAAUACUUGGAUGCCCAAGAAACGCAAGUGUAAAUUAUGAUACAGUCUGUCAGUUCUUGUGUAACAAUCGCUACUUAGGUCAUGGUUCUCAAGAAAGAAGAUGUUUACUCAACGGAACCUGGAGCGGACAAGAGUUUGUUUGUCAAAGUAAGUAGCAGUAUAUUCACUUUCUGAUGAUACUGUGUAUGAUGGCUAAGGAGAGAAGAUCACACCUCAAUAUUUCCUAAACCACCUCUUAGGUCAACUUCCUCCCAACAUGAAAAUGGCCAUUGACGCUUUCCGCUAAGCCAAUCAGACUGCAAAAUUUCGAUCGGCUAAAUUUUGAGUAUCAAAUAGUGCGGAGUAAUGUUGUCUGUUGGUUCAAAAGUCAGGAAAUGUACAAAGUAUGGAACCUGGAGUGGUAUGGACCUUGUCUGUACAGGUAUAAGAUUUCCGAACACUUACUGCUGGCGAGUGUUGCUCCUCUGUCCUAGUGAUGAACUUAGAAGACGAAUCAGUCUAAGAUCCUCAAUAGUCCAAGGUUGUCUGCGAUUGUAGAUUGCGACGGUUGAUCUAACAUCGUGGUGACAAUCAUUUUCCUCAUGGUACGCGGUAUAUCUCAUGUGUGUUUGUUUCUGGAUCAAUCGAUCUAUGUUUAAAGAACUCAGAUGACUUACGGUUUAAUAUCAUGAAUUGAUAAAAAAUCGCAAGUAGUCUUUUCUAGGUUUGAAGCGAUUGUAGAUAAUGAUUGAUCUAACAACAGCUUAGUAAUCUUUUGUUUGAGUCUGAGCAGCCGAGCCAAUGCAUCGGCGCUCGGAUCAGUCGAUUUACGACCGUAGAAUGGAUCGUCACUGUCUCUAAAUGUUCAAGACUCAGUAACGAUACAUUUGUCUCAUGCCCCGUAUUCACGUUUAUCAAUGAUUUUGAUACUGAACAGGGAGAUGACACCUGCUUGUCCGAUGUAUCUUAAUUAUAAAUACUAAUCCCAUGUUGAGCCUGUUCGUUUAGAGCGUUGAUCUUUGUUGCGAUGCGGCUCGUGAUACCAUCAGUAGGCAUCUUAAGGCCUUUGAUCCAGACCGAGAAGCUGCGAAGUCAACAUACAUCGAAUGUAUGGCAAAGUGCCUGAGAAGAUACAUGCUGUACUUCGAAAUUUUCUCGGAACAGUAUUUUAAGAAUGUGUCUGUAUUACAUUCCUUUGUUUCAGUUAAUGAUAUGAUAAAAGGACGAAGGUCAAGAAAAAGAGAAACAAUUUUUUUAGACCGGAAAAAUUUGCGCCAGCUCAAGCAGUAAUUUGAAAUGAAAUUUCUUAAAAGAUCUUAGAGAACUCGUAAUUAACACAUCGCUCCCAAUUUUAUUUUUGUACCUGUUUUAGCUGUCACGUGCCCGUUACCUAUCAAUGCUGUGUUCUUAGGAUGCAAAACUGGUGAAACAGAGAUUAUAAAUGGCACAGAAUGCAGGUUCUCUUGUAAAGAAGAAUCCAAGGUGGCCGGUUCAACAGCAAGAAGAUGUAUCAAAGAUGGAAAGUGGAGUGGGGCAGAAUUGGCCUGUACAGGUAUUAGAACAACAAACAUUCGGCAUGAAAAUGAAAAAGAGUCAGACGUUAUUCCUGAGGUUUUGUUUCUUAAUCGAUGGAUGAUCUUGGAUUACGAAUCAAUUCACGAUCGUCAUUUAUCUCUGUAUAUCUUGUAAUGAUUUUAAAUUAAGAUCGUCUUGAUCAAUUGAUGCAAAAUUGAAAAAUUAAAUCGAUGCAGGAUCAUCAGUGGUCUUCUCAGUUUGCAAUAACUGUAGAUUACGAAAAUCCAUCCAGCAUCGUUGCAAAAUUCUCUUAGUUCUGGUUACGCGGUCAUACGUGUGUGCAUUGAUCUUUCAAUGUGCGGACGAAUACAAUACCUUGACGAUCUUCAACCACCAACUGGUACAGAGUCGUCAAAGGUCUUUUCAUACUUUGCAAUGACGGUAUAUUAUGAUAGUCGAUCUACCAUCUUGCAGAAUUCAUCUUUCCGGCUAAACCGCUUGUCUUGUGCAUCUUUGCAUUUAUCUGCCGAUGUACGAUAGAAUUAAACGCCUUGACCAUCUUGAAUCAGCAAUUGAUCAAGUUGUCAAAAGUCUUUUUGUGGUUUGCAAUGACUGUAGAUUGUGAUAUUCGAUCUAACAUCAUUGCAGCAUUGAAUCUUCUGGUUACGUGGUCUAUCUAAUGCAUCUGUUCAUUACCUUACGAUGCAAGAUCGAAUUAAAAGAAACCCGACGAUCUUGAAUCACCAAUCGAUACAGGAUCGUUAAAAGUCUUUUUGAGGUGCUUAGUGAUUGUAGAUCACGAUAGUCGAUCCAACAUAGCUGCAGCUCUCUUUUAGGGUCCUUUAAAGUCAGACGCAAGCAGUUAAGCAUGGAUUAAUCGAUUACCAUUGCAGAAUCGCAACCUUGACUGUGUGUGUAACUGAAAAUACACUUGCAUUUUGCAAUAUUUGGUCUAGUGAAUGAUAGUGAUACUGACUGUAACAAGUGAUGCUUUCACUUAAGGAGUACUAAUUUUCUGUUCAGCUUAUUUCUCCAAGGCUUAAAGGGUUUCAUUGCGAUAUUGCUGUAGACAGGGACGGCUUGAAACUUCAUGUACAAUCUGACGCAAACACCAAAAAAAACCUGAUUGGGAAAAUUGAAACCAAGCUCAAUGCUGACCUUCAGUAAAGAGCCAUGGCCCUUGACAAAAAUAAUUAAAGGUGGGAAAUUCGUAUGACUGAGGUAAGAACCAUUUUGUUUUGUUCAAAGUGAUUGGUAUCUUGUGAUCAGUUACUUUUGAUUCAAUUUAUUGCAUUUUUGUCAUGUUCAUCCGAGAAAAGGUAACUCUGUGUUUAAUAGUAUGACCGUCCAGUCCAAAAAAGAUUAUAUCACAAUGAAUGCAAAGCUUUUGCCUGCCUUUCCUUGUGCACCCUUUUGAAUAACUUAUCAUUAAUCUGGAAGUUAAAAAAAUUAUUGACAAAUCGCUAUUAAGAAUUUUUUGAAACUCUGUUUUGUCUUAACAAAGGAGUAUCUCUAGAAACGCCAGUUUUUAUAAUUCUGCUUUCCUUUGUAUCUUUUUUCACAUCUAGUCAGUAGAAGAUAAAUUGUUUAACUUGCCCGUUGACACCAGGAGGUGUUUCUUCAAACAAUUUUGUCUCUGUCAUGGACGAAGCCCGUUACUCGAGAAUGCAGUACAGUUGAGACUUUCUACCAAUCAAGUUUUUCAUGUAUUUCUAUAGAAGCCCUUGCUUCUUGCUACCGCAAAAUGUACCGUGAACCGACGAUCGAACAACGCGCGUGGCUAGUACCAGUUCAGGCUUAAAUGGGGUAAGACUGGCCCAUCAUAUCUCCUAAGCCUGCACGGUGACCUAUCUUUUUUUUUUGUCGUAGUUCUCGAAACAGAGAUCGGUGGGUGCAAGUUAUUUAAGGAAAGUCUCAAAACAUAUUUCGAUAAAUUUUAUUGUAAAGAAUCCCCUUAACUGAUAUCGCUUUAUUGGUAUCGGUAACUCUAUCGAGCGAACAAAGACCAGCACGUGCCACAAUAAUCUCAGAUGUGUUAUUUUAAUUCAAUAGAACAAUUAAGAACACAUUAUCUGUGCCCGUUGCUCUUCAUUUCAUCACGUGACCUAAAAGUCACCUGACCCAGAUCCAGAUCCCCCGUCGGUUGGCAGACAUUUUCCCCAGACUGUGCUAGUGGUGGUUUGUUCACAUGCAUAUCCAGGCACACAAGGACAUUCGCGAACAGAUUGCUGUGAAAACAGGGUAAAAUAUAAUAAAUGAGGAAGGAUAUGAAAAGUUUGCCACAAUUCUACGAAAGGCAAUUCAAAUAAAGGAGAUUUGAGUUUCCUAUGAAGAUUUAAGCUCUGACAAGUUACGAUUUAUCAGAGGGAUGCUCUAUUUACAGAGCAACAGAGAGGUUGAUUGCAAGCUUUGCAAAUGCAAACUUUAGGAUGAAAAUUAAUUUCAAGGGGGGGGGGGGAGUCUAGUGGACCGGAGACGGUACAGUAUGAAUUUCAUUGGGUCUGUGCCGCUGAGAUUUUGAACACUAAACCAAAAUCAGACUUUAUCUUUUAUGUAUAACUUGGUGGAAAAAAGAACACAUUCUUUGUUAGACUUACUAUUUAACAACUAUGACUUUCUUGUGAUCGUAGCCUUGACUACGCUAGAGAGGUCGUUCUUAGACACUUAUUUCUGCAGUUCAUGAAAAACAAGACCUUCAACUUCCGUUCCCUUCGUUGUUCUUGCAGGUUUGUAUAUGUUUGAACACAAUUUGUUGUUGUCUUUCUUACCUUUAAUGGACACCAAAAUCCGCGCCCAGGUUUGACG